UACGGCGGAAGCAGUUUGUGCUGGGAGUUGGUGGCGCGGUGCAGGGCUCUUAGGAACGAACGGCUUGGGCGCGGGUAAUCAGCUCCCUUUCCCCUUUUCUCUGCCUCUUCUAGGUUCUUGGGAGUACGGCGGAGCUUCCGGACCUGAUGCGGGCGCCCGGUCGUGGACUGUCCCACCCUGUUCCUCUACUGCUCGGGGUGCUCCGCGCCCAGACUGGUAUCCGGGGACUGUGACUUGCAGGGUCCACCAUGGAACCAGAGCAGAUGCUGGAGGGACAGACGCAGGUUGCAGAAAAUCCCCACUCUGAGUACGGUCUCACAGACAACGUCGAGAGGAUAGUAGAAAAUGAGAAAAUUAAUGCAGAAAAGUCAUCAAAACAGAAAGUGGAUCUCCAGUCUUUGCCAACUCGUGCCUAUCUGGAUCAGACAGUUGUGCCUAUCUUAUUACAAGGACUUGCUGUGCUUGCAAAGGAAAGACCACCAAAUCCCAUUGAAUUUCUAGCAUCCUAUCUUUUAAAAAACAAGGCACAGUUUGAAGAUCGAAACUGACUUAUUGGGAAGAACAGAAAAAUUUGGUUUCCACUGUAGAUUUACAUGAUUAAGAGGCAACUUUAAUUGCCAUGAUUUCCGCCCCCCCCCCCCCCAUUUUGGAAGUAUAAGAAUCAUCAGGACAGCAGAACUUAUUUUGGAGUUGCAGAAGAAGACAUAUCUCCCUUAUUGAUUUAAUCACAUACUUAUUUAAUGAGUGUAUUCUGUGCAAUUUUUUCUCAGAUUGUCUUUAACUUUGUUUUUAAAA